AUCUGUUUUCUCCUGUUUGCUGUUCUCUACAUAGUUUCCUACUUCAUAAUCACAAGAUACAAAAGGAAAGCAGAUGAGCAAGAAGAUGAAGAUGCCAUCGUUAACAGAAUAUCGCUGUUCUUGAGCACCUUCACUCUAGCAGUUUCAGCUGGUGCAGUCCUGCUUCUGCCUUUCUCAAUAAUCAGCAAUGAGAUCCUGCUUUCUUUUCCACAAAACUACUAUAUUCAGUGGCUAAAUGGCUCACUAAUUCAUGGUUUAUGGAAUCUUGCUUCUCUUUUUUCAAAUUUAUGUUUGUUUGUGUUGAUGCCCUUUGCCUUUUUCUUUCUGGAAUCAGAAGGAUUUGCUGGCUUAAAAAAGGGCAUCAGAGCACGCAUUUUGGAAACCCUUGUAAUGCUUAUUCUUCUUGCACUGCUUAUCCUUGGAAUCGUAUGGGUGGCUUCAGCGCUCAUAGACAAUGAUGCUGCCAGUAUGGAGUCUUUGUAUGACCUCUGGGAAUUCUACCUCCCAUAUUUAUAUUCCUGUAUAUCGCUGAUGGGAUGCUUGUUACUUCUGUUAUGCACGCCAGUGGGACUUUCACGGAUGUUUACAGUAAUGGGUCAGUUGCUGGUGAAGCCAACAAUCCUUGAAGACCUAGAUGAGCAGAUGUAUAUCAUCACUUUAGAGGAAGAAGCAAUUCAGAGGAAGCUUAAUGGUAUGUUUGUUCUGAUACUGCUUCAAAUAGAGUAUUUGGAGUAG